CGCCAACUCUCAUUGGCUCUUCCGGUAGCUCCAGCUUAGCUAAUUUGACCCUUCAACUCUGCGCGCUCUAUGUAAAUUAGAAGGGGCGUUGUUUUAGACCUUCCUUUUGAUUGGCUGGAAUGUGUGUUCGGUCACUCGCAUAGGCUGUUUUACCAAACCGGCGCAGCGUAUAAUAGUGUAGCUUGUUGCGCUUUGUGAGCUACAAUUUUUGCGGUUCUUUUUCUGUUCUGUGUGUUUCAGUAUGUCUGGACGCGGAAAGCAGGGAGGUAAGGCUCGUGCCAAGGCCAAGACCCGCUCUUCUCGGGCCGGGCUGCAGUUCCCCGUGGGCCGAGUGCACCGCCUGCUCCGCAAGGGCAACUACUCCGAACGGGUGGGGGCCGGUGCUCCCGUUUACCUGGCGGCGGUGCUGGAGUACCUGACGGCCGAGAUCCUGGAGCUGGCGGGCAACGCGGCCCGCGACAACAAGAAGACGCGCAUCAUCCCGCGCCACCUGCAGCUGGCCAUCCGCAACGACGAGGAGCUCAACAAGCUGCUGGGCAAAGUGACUAUCGCGCAGGGUGGUGUGCUGCCCAACAUCCAGGCCGUGCUUCUGCCCAAGAAGACCGAGAGUCACCAUAAGGCCAAGGGGAAGUGAAUCAACUGAUAAUACCAAUUUGUGCAGUUACCACCACUUAUUUCAUCCAAAGGCUCUUUUCAGAGCCAUCCAUGUUUUCAUAUAAAGGCUUGUAACUGCGUGGUUUUGA